UAACUCUGUGUGCUGAGAGCUCUCAGUGCGCAGCCGUGGCCCGGGUGACGAAGAUGGUGCUCAUCAAGGAAUACCGUGUAGUGUUGCCGGUCUCUGUGGAAGAGUAUCAAGUAGGCCAGUUGUACUCUGUGGCUGAGGCCAGCAAGAAUGAGACGGGAGGUGGAGAAGGCAUUGAAGUGCUGAAGAAUGAACCCUAUGAAAAGGAUGGAGAGAAGGGACAAUACACACACAAAAUAUACCAUCUAAAGAGUAAAGUCCCAGGGUAUGUGAAGAUGAUUGCACCAGAGGGGGCAUUAGUUUUUCAUGAAAAGGCUUGGAAUGCCUACCCAUACUGUCGCACCAUCGUGACGAAUGAGUACAUGAAGGACGACUUUAUGAUAAAGAUUGAGACGUGGCACAAACCUGACAUGGGAACAGUAGAAAAUGUCCACGAUCUGGACGAGCAGACGUGGAGGACUGUAGAGGUGGUGCCCAUAGAUAUUGCAAACAAAGAAGAAUUGUCCCCUGGGGACUACAAGCCAGAAGAAGAUCCCACUCUUUUCCACUCUGCCAAGACAGACAGAGGACCUCUAGGCCCUGAGUGGAAGAAUGAGCUGAAGACAGACUGUCCUUACAUGUGUGCAUACAAACUGGUCACUGUCAAGUUCAGAUGGUGGGGUCUGCAGACCAAAGUGGAAAGCUUCAUCCACAGGCAAGAAAAGCGUAUUUUCACCAACUUCCACCGCCAGCUGUUCUGCUGGAUUGACAAAUGGGUGGGUUUGACCAUGGAGGACAUCAGGCGGAUGGAAGAGGAGACUCAAAAAGAGCUUGAGGAGAUGCGUCAGAAGGGAGAUGUGCGAGGCACCUCUGCAACAGAAGAGUAGAGGCCCAUCAUUGUAGGUCAAACACUAGAGGCAGGCUGACUGCGUAAAACAGGUCCGAUUCGAGGCACCAGUGCUGCUGCUGAUGAGCAAUGAGGCAAAUCAACCAAACCCUGUCACGAUGACGUCAUCCGAGACACGUCCACCAUGAUGAGGAAGUGGCCCUGACGUCGCCUCUUCUCUUCCUGUCUCACAUGAUUCAUUGGGGGGUUUGACAAGAUUGGUUAACAGUACUGUACAGAUCCUACCCCAAUCACAAGUCUCCUGUUCACCCAGAAAACAAAAAAAAACAUGGUUUUUGCAUACAUAUAAAAAGGAAAAAAAAACUCUUUGCACAGAACGUAAAUUGCCUGAUAUGUAAUUGUUAGUUGAUUAUUACAAUGGGCUUUGUUUUUAUUCAGGUGUGUAAACCAUGACUCAGAAAGUCAAGCCUUUUAAAUUGAUUAGAAUGUUGUUUUUAGAUCGACAGAUUCCCACAAAAAUUGAUAUAAGAUGACUCUAGCAGGUAUUGGACCAUUUAUCUCCCCACCCUCCCUUGUAUUAUAAGUGUCUCUCCUUUAAUUCUCGUCUCCCCCUCAGUAUUGUCUAUACUCUUGUUCUGGUAAGAAUUUGUCUAGAUCUCCCAGUGUUUCACUGUCCUCUCUGUCUGGCAGUUGGUUGGGAAUACUGAUUUAUUUUAUUUUUGUUCUUGUUUCCCUUCUUUUAUAGUUUUAAUUUCAGAGGCUUAUCUCUGUCUGCGUAUGGUUUAAAUUCAAUAUAAUGCUCAUGCAUGAUGGGUAAUUCUUCGCUAUAGUUUUUCCCCUCACAUUCACAUGUCCCCACAUUUCAACCUCCCUCUGUCACAAGUGCAUGUGGACAACAGCUACUCCUCAGUAAACAGUCAUUGCAUGUGUAUAGUCGCUGCAGUGCAGCUGCGCUCAAGUGGAUUGUUUGUGUUGAUAAAGAGAGGGUUACCCCUACCCCCCCCUCUAGGAGAGUGUGUACAAUACACCUGUAUUGUGUGCAUUUGCGUGCUUGUUUGUGUUAUCAACUGCCUUCACUCUUUGGACAGAGAUGGAGAACGUUCAGCUUAAUAUCGAGGCUUGUGAGGGGUGUGUUCACACAGCUGUGCUCUCACUCUGUAACCAGCCUGUUGAACUUUGCCUCAUGCUCCAUGUCCUAUCUCCUUGGCUAGGGCUUUAACUGGAAGGCUCCCACUGCCUCCACAAAAGCUUCUUUCUUUUCUUUUUUUUU